CAGUGAGAGUGCAAAAACAAUGGCGUGUUUAUGGAGAGGGAGUGAAGUAUGCGGUAAUUUUAAGGAAAAGAUCCUAUGAUCGUAUUUUGAAUCAUGUGGAAUCCAACCAAAAACAAGAAACUUGGAGUCUGUAUAUAUAACUAUGAUGGAAAUACCAAGUAUGGAUUACCUCUAGAAAUUGGAGAAACUGUACAGAUUUUAGAAGAAAAUAGUGGUUGGUAUCGAGGCUUCUCAAUACGGAAUAAAAGCUUAAAAGGCAUCUUUCCUGCAUCAUAUAUACAUUUGAAAGCUUUCCAUAUUUACAAUGAAGGCUUAUAUGAAACAGUGGUUCCUGUUGAAGAUCCAACAGUUAGAGAAGUGGCCUGUGUCCUCCGAGAAUGGCAUGUUAUAUGGAAAAGACUAUAUGUUCGCCGUGAAAUUUCUCUUUUUCAUAAAUUACUUGCUGUUAUGCGAGAUCUGAUUGAAUGGAGACGGCAACUAAUUACUGGCACAAUUACUCAAGAUCAAAUAAGGGAACUCAAGUGUCAAAUAACAGGGAAGAUUGACUGGGGAAAUAGGCAACUUGGACUUGACUUGGUGCCACGAAUCAAUAAUGAAGUAGUUGACCCUGAUUCUCUUAGUCCAAUAGCACUUCAUCAAGUGCAUGUUCAAAGUUCUGAAAAUGUGGCUGGCUUGCUGGGGCGUGGAACUACUAAACGUAAGGAAGUCAAAAGAUCUCCUAAUCAUCAUCUGUAUCUUUCUAUGCGAGAUUUCAGCUGCAGUCUUGGAGAAGAUAUGGAGAUAUUCUUUUUUCUCUAUGAUGCUCAGCAGGCUGAGACCAUCAGUGAGAGAUUUCUAGUCAGAUUUGCAAAAUAUGGAAUGUCUCAUUUUGUAGAAAAACUUAAUAAUGCCAGUACAAUAUUUACAGAUUUAGGGGAAGCUGAUUUAAAUAGAGAAUUAUAUCUAGUAGCUCAUAUAAUUAGAAGCGGACGAAUGCUUAAUGACUCUAGGAAAUCUGCCUUGCAUUCCUAUAGAAGGCCUUAUGGCUGUUCUGUUUUGAACAUUGGUGAUAUUUUAUCUGAAAAGGGUGAUGGAAUUUUAGAUGAAGAAAGAGAAUUCACAUCUAAAGUAUAUACGUGCUCUGAGAGUGAUUUUAGUCAAUUACAUGAAUUUAUUAUCAAAAAAUUAAGCAACAAAUUUAAUGUUGUUUCUGGUCAGCAAAAUUACGGUUUAAUUUUAUCUUUACGGCUCUUUAAUGGAGAAUUGUCGCAGCUUCAACAAGAAACGCCUUUGCUUUUUAAAAAUUUAAUUAUUACUCAUAAACUUGGUUUUUCUGAUGUUAUUAUGCCUGGUGAUGUUAGAAAUGAUCUGUAUCUAACACUAGAAAAGGGAGAUUUUGAAAAAGGUGGAAAAUCAACAGGGAAAAAUAUAGAAGCUACAGUUUUUCUGGUUAAUUCUGAAGGACUUAUUCUUGAAAAAUGUAUAAAUCCUGGUUCUGGUCAUGAAAAUGUCUCCAAGUAUCACUCUGUUGUUUUGUAUCAUAACAAUACUCCAAGAUGGGUGGAAAUGAUCAAACUUGCUGUGCCCAUUGAGAAGUUUGAUGGUGCUCAUGUAAGAAUUGAAUACAGACAUUGUUCAACAAGAGACAAAGAGAAGAAACUUCUAGGAUUUUCAUUCAUUCAAUUGAUGGAUGAUAAAGGAACCAUACUGAAAAAUGGAACGCAUGAACUUUAUGUGUAUAAGUGUGAAGAUGGGCCUAAACUGCAAGAUCCUAAAGCUUAUUUAAGUCUUCCAAGUGGACCUAAAGAAGGUGGCGGUACUACUCCAAACAGUAUCUCCAGCAGUUAUGCCCCUGUCCCUCCUUCACCUCCUCCCUUUCCCAACCCAGUAACUGGACAGUUCUUCGCCCGCAGCUCCCGAGAAACAGUUCACAUAAAAACAUUGCUAUGCUCAACAAAACUUACCCAGAAUGGCGAUCUUCUUGCUUUAUUGAAGUGGAAGGCGCAUCCAGAUAGAAUUCAAGAUACAUUGCAUAAAGUGAUGAAGCUUAAUGGAGAAGAAAUAGUAAAGUUUUUGCAAGACAUAUUAGAUGCUCUUUUCUCCAUGUUUUCUACUGGUGAUGGAAAUUCUACAUCUAAUUCAGGGCUUGUGUUUAAAGUAUUAGUUCACAUCUUAAGUCUCUUGGAAGAUAAUAAAUUUGAACACUUUAAGCCUGUUAUGGAUGCUUAUAUAACUGGACAUUUUGCUGCAGCUUUGGUGUACAAGGGAUUAAUCAGCUGUGUGAAGCAUUGUGCUGAUUUAGUACGAGAUGCUGAUAAACAAGAUGCCAUUCAAAAGUGUUUUCGCUCUUUAGAAUACAUUUUUAAAUUUAUUAUACAAUCAAGAAUAUUGUUUGCUAGGGCCACUGGCGAUCAAAGUGAAGAAGCUUUUAAAGCAGAUCUUUACUCCUUGUUCAACUCCUUCAAUCGUAUGCUGGCAAUCAACCACGAUCUCAUUAUCUUACCCACACAGAUUGCAUUAGUGUCCAGCUUUGGUCAGAUUUAUGUCCAACUUCUGAAUGUUCUCCCAGUUCAAGAAGUAGCAAAGAUAGUGAAACUGACUAUUGACUGCUUACCGCCUGAGCCAAAUGUAGCUUUAGUCCAGGCAAAAUUGCGCUGCAUUCAUGAUACUGUGAAAAGUGAAAUAUUUCAAAAUAUUGAUUCCAGAGUGGAACUGUUUGAAGUAUUCACUAGGCACUUGAAAAAGCAUAUGCUACAGCACCAAGAAUUGAACAUGUGUGCCACUAUCUUGGGAGACAUGCUAACUUAUUUGCAUCAUGAGCAUUCUAAGAUACAACAAAAACAUCGUUCAGUUGUUAGUCGAGAAGUGGAAAUUUUAGUCCUUGUCCUUUUAGAAACUUUGAUUUAUUGUGUUAAGGACAUAGAUCGUUCAUCUCCAGUUAUGGGUCCAUUGGUAGCUUGUUUGGUAGCUCUUUUGCGGUUGAUGGAAGAUCAGCACUAUAAUCAUUUGUGGGAAAAAUUUGGUAAUGUGCGACAAAGGCGAGAUCGAAGGCAGUUGAAAGAAUUUUUACUAAGUGUUUUUAUUGUCUUCCAUAGCUUUGUGAAACAAGAUGUUUUCCCAUCUGACUGGAUUAUGAUGCGAAUGCUUACUAAUCAUGUCAUUCUCUGUGCUCUUCAAGAAUUCUCGCAGCCUUUAACUGUAGAUUUUUUAGAUGGACUGGACUUUGAUGAACAAUUAUGGAGCAGCUAUUUUUCACUUGCUGUCGAUUUUUUAACCCAACCAGCUUUACAACUGGAAACCUUUUCUGAUGUAAAAAAAGAGAAAAUAAUAGAGAAGUAUGGUGAUUUACGAGUAUUGAUGGGUUUUCAAAUAUUAUCAAUGUGGGAUAAGCUUGGGGAUCAUAAAAUUUUCUUUAUUCCUGCUAUGGUUGGGCCUUUCCUAGAAGUCACUCUUGUGCCUGAAGUUGAUUUGCGUAAAGCAACUCUACCAAUCUUCUUUGAUAUGAUGGACUGUGAGCAAAAAGUUCGUGGAAAUUUCAAGCAGGUGGAAUCUGAAUUAAUUGAUAAAUUAGAUAUUUUGGUCAGUGAUAAUAAAUGUGAUGAUGAGUAUAGACAACUAUUUAAUACAAUGGAACAUCUGAGUGCUGUCCUUUUAGAAAAGGUGCGAACUAGUGAUCCUGCUUGGAAAGAAAAUGGAAUAGCAUUCAUAAAUUCCAUUACAAGACUUCUGGAAAGACUGCUUGAUUACCGGAAUGUGAUGGAUGGUGAAGAGAAUCGUGAUAAAAGAAUGAGUUGUACAGUUAACCUCCUGAAUUUCUAUAAAAAUGAAAUUAAUCGCAAGGAAAUGUAUGUACGUUACAUUUACAAAUUAUGUGAGCUGCAUUUGCCUGCUGAGAAUUACACUGAGGCUGCUUUCACUCUGAAGUUACAUGCCGACUUGCUCAGCUUUUCUAACACUACUCUACCAGCUGAUCAUAGGUACAAUCAGCAACCAGAAUGGCAGCGUAAAGAAAUCCUCUAUCAUAGAAUCAUUGAUUAUUUUGAUAAAGGAAAGUGCUGGGAAGAAGGUAUACCAUUAUGCAAGGAAUUAGCAGAAUUAUAUGAGAAGAAGUUACUAGAUUAUUCUAAACUAAGUAUUAUUCUGAAAACCCAAGCAAAAUUCUUUGAUAACAUUUUAAACCAGAUUCGACCUGAACCAGAAUACUUUCGAGUUGGAUUUUAUGGCCUUGGAUUUCCUCUAUUCCUGAGAAACAAAGUGUUUGUUUAUCGAGGAUUAGAGUAUGAAAGAAUUGGAGCUUUUACUCAGCGCCUUCAGACUGAAUUUCCUCAGGCUCAAAUUUUAAUGAAGAGUACAACUCCAGAUGACAGUAUACUACAUUCAGAUGGGCAAUAUAUACAAAUAUGUAAUGUCAAACCCAUUCCGAAAGUGAGACCUGAAUUUGAGAAUCGUGACAUUCCAGAGAAAAUAAUAAGCUACUAUUUAGUUAAUGAUGUCUCUUCAUUCCAGUUUGACAGACCUGUUCAGAAAGGACCAGUAGACAAAGAUAAUGAAUUUAAAAGUUUGUGGAUAGAACGAACAACAUUAACAAUAGCUUCUCAGUUGCCUGGAAUUUUAAGGUGGUUUGAAGUAAUUGAAUCGCACACUGUAGAACUCUCACCCAUUACUCAUGCCUGUGAAACAGUGGAGCACAUGAACAAAGAGCUACGCAAGUUGAUAGCGCAGUACACUGCAGAGCCUCGCCGUUCCAUCAGUCCACUCAGCAUGCGACUCCAAGGGGUCAUUGAAGCUGCUGUGAAUGGAGGCAUUGCAAAAUACCAAGAGGCCUUUUUCACAUUAGAAUUUAGUCUACAAAAUCCAGAAGAAACCCAUAAAAUUAUUAAAUUGAAGUCUUUGAUACUUGAAAAAGUGCAAAUUCUUGAAGGUGGAUUGUCACUUCAUGGACGACUUGCACCGCCUGAAGUCAUUCCUCUGCAUCGCCGUUUGGUGGAUCGUUUCUCAGUGAUGAAGCAUUCUAUAAGAGAAGUAGAUUCUCCUAGUCUUGCAUCUCGACUUAGCAUGAAUAGACGAGGAGAACUGCCUCCAACACCAGGUGGUGAAAAUCCAGAUUACAGGAAGCCUUCUAUUGUAAACACUCCUUUGCCACCUCUGCCUUGUGAUUUAAUCAAGAAACCCUCAAUGGAACCUUGUGGCAGCAACCGCUCCUCCUCCUCUGGCUCUAGCAUUUAUGGGCACUUCUUCCCUGAAGGCUCAGAUGAGGAAGAAAUCUACACUCAUCCACAAGACAAGCACCCUGAAGCCAUUGUCAACAUUCCUCUCUCUCCCCUUUCAUCUGUUCUGCAGCCACCCCCAUUGCCCAACAGACCCCGUUCAGUAGCCUUACCUUCAGGGGAGCAAAAGAUUUACAAUGAUAAAGCUCGACCUCAAACAUCUCCCUUAAAGGACUCUGUUGAGGACUAUUCCCAUCCAAGGGGCUAUCCUUAUAGUCGACUAGUCAGUCCUAACAUACCACUCAAGUGGCUAAACACCCCAGAUGGCAUGGGUGACAAGAUGCUGCCUAGUCUUAGUCCCUCAAACAGUCCUAAGGGAUCUGCAAGGAAUAGUUGGUCAGAACAAAGCCUCUUGCCUGAAGAAGCACCCCCACUACCUCCAAGAGUAGGUAAUGAAAAAAGAAUGGUGACUUCUUGGGCUGGAACACCACCAGUGGAAGAAUCAAAGCCUGCUCUUCCAAAAAGGCUUUCUAAAAAGAGUUCCUCGCCUGCCAUGAUCAAUCAGCCAAAAGAACUCCAGCACAUGACAUCUGUCCCAGAUACGCACGAAUUUCUUAUGGACGCACCUCCUAAUCCUCCUCCUGAAUUUGCUGUUCAGUCCCCCAAUGAUCAGAUUCCCCCCCCUAUCCCCAACAAAAGGGCGACCAUUGGAGCCAGCAACCCUACCUCUCUCCCAACUUCUCCUAACCAAUCCCCUGUCAGGACACCUGAAUCUAUGAUUCGCAGUCACUCCAUUCCUGCAGGAGUGAUGCCUCACAUCCCUCAAGAGUAUGAAGAUGAGUCCUUAAAUGGAGAGGACGAGUCUAGCAGUGUCUAACAGACUGCAGAAAGUCAUUUUUAAGCAAAGAAACGUCUUACAAUUAAUCACUUUUUAUAAAUUAGCUUUAGGCAAUUAUGAUUGAUUAAAAAGUGUUGAGUUUAUUUGCGAUAUCUUUAUACUGUAAUCCCUUUAUGAAGGAAGUGAUUAUCUUAUAUUGAGAAGUACUUACAAAAAAGGUUCAUAAAGAUUUUGCAUGCUUUAGAAUAAAAUUGCACAUGAAAUCUAGUCAUAUGUUUCUGGUGGUAGACAUAUCCAUUUCUAUAGCUGCUAAUUUCUUUGAAGAAUUAAACUGCUACUGUAUUUUUGCAGCUAUUAAAGUCAUUUUUAAUAGAAAAUUAAUUUUUCUUUCUUUUGUGGAAUGGUAGCUAUGCUUGCUAUGUUUUUAUAAACUUGAAGCAGCUAAGUGGUUUAUCUAUUCUUAUUUCUUUUAUGUUGUUUUUAUAUAUUUGUUGAAAGCUUUUUUUUAUCUAUUUAUUUAAUCCAUUGUUACCAAUGAUUUCAAUGGAAGGAAAGGCAAAAAAUAUUAUCUUUUGUUUGAAAAUUCAAAAGUCACUUUCACUUACUUACUUUUUACUAUGUUUUAAAAGGAUAUUUAUUUGCUGCAAAUUUAAGUAAUGAUGCAAUAUAAUUUUGUAAUUUUACUAACUUUGAUUUUUUUAUAUUAUUUGGAAAACUGAUAUCCUAGAAGUACUUAAUCCUGUGAUAAUAAACAACCUUUAUUUUCAUUUAUAAGUUUGCAAAACAGAUGAAUAUUUUUAUGGGCAAGUAAUGGUAUUGUAAAAAUAAUUUUGUGCCUUAAUUUAUAUAAAGUAUUCAUGUAUUUGUAUCAUAAAAGAAUAAUUUAUGAUUAUGAAAAUGUGAAUAUUAUGACAAUUAAUAAUAAUAGUAAUUUUUAUCAUUUUGUAUGUAAUUUAAAACAUUACUUGAUGUACAAUAAUUACAUAUGAUUAUAUUAAAUUGAUGUUUUCCAUUUUAAAUUAUUCAAUAUUUAAUUAAAUAAAUUGUGUUUCAUUUGCUUCUUUUGUUUAGUAAUUUAUUUACACUGGAUUUUAAAAUUGCAGUAAAUGGUCAUUAGCAGCUAAUAUAAUUCAAGCAAUUUUCAUGUUAACUCAUGAAUUAUUUUUUUAUUUCAAUGAAUUUAAUUUCAUAAUUGUGUUCUUGCAUGUUUAUUUUUUGUUGCUCACUUUUCUUAACAAGUUUUACAUUCUCAGUGGCUUUCUAUUAAUUGAUUUUUUUAAUUAAAAAAGAUUUAAGCUAUUUAAAAGGUCUUGGACCUGUUAAAGAAAGGUGCAAAUAUAAAAUCGUUUAAGCUUUAUUACUGACAUAUUUAUUUAUUUUUUAAAAGCACCCCUUUUGUAUUUAGCAUUUUUCUAUUUUCUGUCAACUGUUUGAAAAUUCAGUUCAUCUAAUUUUAAUUUUAUGUUCUUUUCAUGCUUUUAAUCUAAUAUCAUAAUUACUUCCCUAUUUCUGUUGCAAAGGCAUGCUGUUUUCAUAAAGUUUGAGUGCAUUUAUUCUAGUAAUCCAUAUAUCUUUAUGUACCUUUACGUAAGUACUCUGAUCUCCAUGUGUGUGACAUUGAAUGUUGAAAGUGAGGUUUAAGGCCAAAGCACUGUGUGAUUUGCUUAACCAAAUGUAAAAUUUGUUUAUAUAUUUUCAUUAUUCUUUUUGUGUAGCCUUACAGCUGCUUUGCUUUAUGUUUUGUUUUGUCUUGGAAAUAAAUAUUUUAUAUUUUUGUUUUAAAUAUUUUUUAGAAAAUACUGAUUUGUUUAGCAAAGAAAAAAAAUUUUGGAUACUUUUUAUACCUUAUUGCUGUAAGUGUUUUUUGCAUACUUAACUUUGAUAAUCUAUUUUUUAAAAGUGUAAGCAUGAGUUAAAAAUUUAUUGUAUAAUGUGUGAAGGUGAUUAUUUAAGUUAAAUCAAGCCAGCAUCAUGUGUUUCUUUUAUUUUGGUUUCAAAAUUUUAUCUUCCUUCUUUUACAAAAUGAAAAAAGAGCUACAUUUAACUUGUGUUUUUAAAGUACUAUUGUUAAUUAAUUUCAUUCAAUUAACAAUUUUUAUAAAUAAUAAUUUUUUUUUAAAUAUGGUAUUAAGUUUGUUUUACCAGAGAAUGAGUUUCAAGGUUUUUGAUCUGAAAUCAUUAUUUUAUAUUUAUAUUAUUUCUGUUAUCAUUUUUGUUAUAUGUGUUUAUAAUAUGAUUUUUUUUUCAAUAAAUUCUAGCAUUAAAUUCUAUUGGAAAGAA